AUGGAAACAUAUCAUAGUAAAUUAUAUUCUAUUUACGAAGAUGAUAUAUCUGCACCGAAUAAUAAGUUUAUUAUGGGACAUUUAAGUUUUGACCAUGUUCAUGAUGCUAAAGAGAUGAUAAAAGCUUAUCGUACUACAGGACUACAGAAAAUGUAUAUGAUCGCAGAAGUAAGUGGUACAUCAUAUGAUAAAUUACGCAGAAUAGUUAAUCGUUGUAUACCUCCCGAUGAUAUAUUUCGAUCUGAAGCAAUAGAAUAUUUAGAAAAAAAAGAUACUUUUGCAUUCAUUAGAUUAUAUACACUUGAAACUAAAUUUUAUCAUGAUUUACAAAAUGACAAUGCAGCAUUUACCGCAAAUAUUUUCAUAAAUUUGGCUAAAUUUCAAAAUCGAGCAUUUCAAGGUCGAACUUAUCGUGGUACGAAAAUUGCACAUUUUGAUGUUGUCGCAUGGAAAUGGGCUACAAAGAAGUCAGGUCGUAUUAUUGAAACUCAAACGUUUGUAUCGACAUCGGAAUUAGAACAAAUAGCAAAAGAUUUUGCUCAAAAUCCACCUGAAAAUAAAGUUAGUGCAUUAUUUAUUUUUGAUUUUCCAACAACAUGUGAUACAGCUAUCAAAUUAAAUAAAGACGAAUCAAAAAAUAUUACUGAUAAUCUCAGUAAAUUUCCGCAUGAGCAAGAAGUACUUGUGACACCAUAUACUUUAUUUGAAAUAAACAGUGUUGAUUUUGAUGAAAACACUAAAUGGUAUCGAAUUCAUGUAACUAAUAUACCUAUUAUAUUUUGA